AAAAUCUUAAUUUUUUUGUCCAAGUAAUUUAAGUAUUCAAGACGAUUUAAAUAAAGUUUUAUUGUGAUUGUUUAGUUAUUUUGUAAAUAAAUAAAUGAAUUUAUUUAUUUUGCAGAACUGAUCGCAGUAAAACAUAAAUUGUCUUGAAUAUUUAAAGUACUUAAAUAAAAAUUUCAGAUUUUUUUAUUUUAUUAUUUAUAUUUUUAUUAGAGCACAUGCACUUAUUGAAAUAAUUUUUUAUUCAGAUAGGAAAUUGUCGCUAAAUUCUUUCUACUACUUUCAAAUGCAAUAUAAAACAAUUUGUAAUUUUUUCAUAAUAUUUUUAAUGUUUUGAGAAACGUCUUAUACAUCUUUAAGGGAGCAUAUACAUAUAAAUGAGAUAAAACAUCUUUGUGAACUUUUUGCAGAAAAUCCGCGAGAGAGAAGUCGUGCUUAUUUUAUUGAAAAUCGUACUUUUCACUAUUAUAUUUGACGUUUAAAUUUUAUUAAAAAAAUAAUAUAAAAUGACAUCGCUAUUCAAGAUUUUCUGUACAAACUUUAUAAAAAGUUGGAACAUAGAUCUAGUCUUUGACGUAGCCGUUUUUAACAAAAUGUUACAACAAAAUGGAAGUUGUCAAAGUUAACAGCUGUUCUUCAUUAUAAAUUUUUGUUCAUUUUUUUUUGGUUGCGACAAUAACUUAAGCAUCGUGAAAAAGUCCUGCCUCAAGCAUUAACUUUUUAUGUCUAGAAAAAGUAUGUAAAGUUACAAGUCAAUCGAUCAAGAACUGUCUUCAUGUUAUAUUCUUUAAGUGGUUACGUAUUCUUGAGAACAUGAUUUAAAAUAACUUGAAUAGUCAUUUUAUAUUAUUUUUUAAUAAAAUUUAAUUGCCAAGUAAAAUACAAUCUUUAUAAUGAAGUAAGCACGAUUUCUUCUUUAACUCUUUCUUCUUUUUUCACAAAUUAUUUGUAAAGUUAGAUUCUCGUCUUGAUCCGUCUAGAUGUAUAUGUCUCCUUGAAAGAUUUAGUGGCUGAACUAUUAUUAAAAAUUCAGUGAUUGCUACUUAAAUUAGCGCUUCAAUAUAUAACACGCGCAAUAUACAGCUGACAGUUGCUAAUUCCUGCUGAUGUCCUUCAGUAAUGACUUUUUCUACUGACAAAAUUGUUCAAUCAUAAUCUUUAUGAACAAUUUAGUGACUCACUCUCUUAUUCUCUCAAAAUCGUGUUUUGAAUAAAAUUUUUUGCAAUCGCGGUCCCUCUUUUUUUCUCUCGCUAAAGAUCCAAUCGCUACAUUGUACACUUCAUUGCCAUCCACACACGUACGUUACACAAUCGCAUCGUCGUCUGCAUUUUGCAGCGAUAUGGCAGUAUUACAUCGUUAUUUAUUCAUUGCGUUUCACGGUAUUGCGGCGAGAUGCGUUGCCGUUUCCAUACACACAAACAUACACACAAAGGGCGGCCUCAGCGUUGCCAGCUUUUAUUUUUAUUUUAAAUGCGAAUCGAGUCGCAUCCCGGGAGAGUUAAUCAUUUCCGUUUUUAAUUUUCUACCAUUCAAUCGUACGGAAUUGCGUGUUUUAAAUGUGAAGCUGUUGAACGCUUUACCAGUAUUUCUUGCGUAACACGGAAUCCAUAUGUCAUCGGUGAACUGCAGGGAGAACAAAAAAAGAUUCCGAAUCAAUCGCGCGCAAUCAAUGCGAGAUGCGAUUUAUCAAUUUACGUGUUGUUACUGCGAAAACGCUGUUUGGCACAUGCCGUAGGAAAAAAAGAGCGAAUGCAUCCGGUCGCGUUAAAUUGAAAAUAUAAAAUAAAAUAUUAAAAAACGCUGAAAAAUGUACACGACAGAAUAAUACGUGGCAUGACGCAACGUAAUACGAUGAAACGCAAGUUUGAUGUUGGUGACGCUCGGGGGGCUAUUUUGUGACAUAUGUCGAUGCAAUGUACCUGUAUAAAAAUUUAAAACCUUUCGAUUUUUAUCGGAUCGAAUGGUAACAUCGGACUCCGUUAUUUUUGCAAGGUAAAAGCGAUAUCGCGAUUAGUGAAGUUUUAUAAUUUCUUAUCACGCGCGCGAAGAUAAUAUCGUUUGGACAAGAAAGGAAAUGGGUAGGUCUCGGGUGUGCGUUAGAAACCUUCUUUUGGGAGGGGUCUGAUAAAAGGGUGACUGUUCACAUACGAUACACUCGGUUAGGGCGACCGCCAGCAGUCGCAAAGCAGGAAAUCGAUCCGUCGCUUUAGCCGGCUUCGCUCCUGAUUCCCGGCAAUGAAAUCGCGCGUCCAAAAUUUAAUUGCAUUUCUCCCCCCGGUCUCUGGCCGCCGUCCAAAUCAACGUUACACCAGAUCGAUUUCUCAGAAAAGAAAUAGGGUAGACCGAGACGAAUCGAAUCAUUGUAAGUUUUGAGGCAGCGUUAUCAUUGGUUUUUUUAUCUUAUGUACGAUCUGUUUUAUCUUGCUAGUUACUUCCGCGUGCUCCUUCUGCAACGGAAACAAUAGAUAAUAAUUCUGUAUGAUUCAGUGUCAGUUGACGAUACAAUCGCAGAGAUUGGGAAUGUGCGAAGAAAUUUUGUUCCUUUGUAUGAAAUCGCGAUCCCAAUUUUGUGAGUUUGUAACGAAAAGAUUUAAUAGGCUCUUUUAAAGAGUUUAUUCCCCCCCCCUUUUUUUUUUACUGAUGAUCCAUGCAAUGUUGAAGCGAAUUAGUUUUUUUUUUUUUUUUUUUUCCAUUGUACUAUAAGAAAUAUGUUUACGUAUUAUUUUAAUAUGUAAAACUCAAGCCAUAGAUGUAAAGAUUAAGAAUUUAAAUUAAAACUUAAUAACAAAAUUACUUUUUUUAUUACUUUUUUAUCUAUGAAGAAAAAUUGAUCUGACUCAUUGUCAGUCUACCCUAUUAUAAUUUUUUUGCUCGUGCUGAUCGGAGCACGAGGCUGCUCCGAUUGAGUUCCUUCAACGACGAUGUUAACGAGGGGAUUAAGAAUAUAUAUAUGUAUAUUUUAAGGGUAUAAUUGCAGGAUUUAAUAAUUUUUUAAUAUCACUAAUGUUAAGAUUCCCAGGAUAAGCUAUUAUAACUUAUCCACGAAUAAGAUUUUGAAUUUUAAUCCCCCUCAGUUAUAAUUAAUUUUAUUAAUGGUGUAGGAACAGAAUGAAUAAUUUGUCCUUAGCUUCUAACAUUUUUUUACAAACAUUUUCAAUCUAUUGAUCUUUCUACCUAUCUUUUCUUUACUUAUUAAAUAUCAUCUGUUCUUUUAAGCCCAUUUUACACGGUCUAUAAUUUGUGACAGAGUUCAAAACAGAAUUCUGUUUAUAAUUUUAUAUAUCAAAUUACGAAUAUAAUUAUAGAUGAAAAAAAUUGUCGUAUUAUACAAAUACAUAAUUUGAAAUUAUAUAUAUAGAAUAUUCGAUUAUUUCUUUUUUUCAAUUCUGUCGUAAAUUAUAGAUCACGUAAAACAGACUUUAACUCUACUCUAUUAAUUUUAUUUCUACUAUUCUCAAUAUAUAAAUAUUUUCAUACAACUUUUUUUAUAGAUAAAAUUCCAAUUUUAGUUUGAGCAAUCUUAAUUAUAAGGUAUCUUAUUACUUCUUUCUUCGUCCAUUCUUGCAGAUGCAAUUAUUAUAUUAUUAUAUUAUAAAUAGAUCGAAAUCUAAAUAUCCCAUUGUCUUGACUCCUCGACAAAAUUCUCUGUACUAUAAAUUAUUACUUUGUUCUUUGUUUUAUUUUUUUAGGAAGUGGUAUCAUAUUUCUAUGUAGUUGCAUACAACCAUUCUCAUAGAAUAAUAAAUUAUAUCAUAGUUCUAAAUAAUUGUAAUAUAAUAUAAUGCUGAAUUGUGCGACAACUAGAUCGUAUAUUUCUAAAAGAAUAUUACGUCUUCCUUGUAACACCCGAUACGUGAAACAUGUAUAAGAUAACGUCAGACACCGGCAAAAAAUUGCUUCUCGGUGGCAAUUCUCACGAUAUAAAAUAUUCCGCGAACAUAGUCGCGAAUUUGCGAGAAUGGAGAAUGAUGCAACGCGUGCACCGCUUCCGCUCGCCAUCCCCGUUUUUUUUUUCUCCUGCUGCAAGCUCGUCGUCACGAACAGAAGACGAGCAGCUUGAAGCGCAGUCGAGAGGCCGACAUGGAAACGAGGACGACGAGAGCGUUGACUCGCGAUGUGACGGACGUAAAUCGCGGAUUCUCAAUUAACCCUCUACCACUCGACGGCUGUCGCGCGAUCGUACGCGGAGAAAGAGACGCGAUGGCUUCAAACGAUCGUCGUCGUAGCCUGUUAUCGACCUCGCGAAUCACCGGGUUUUACUAUAGUCCCGGUCAAGUGUCCUCUCAAGCGAAUACUUCCUCUCGGGCUCUAAAUAUAUACACCGAGAUUUACGUUAAUGGUUCAAGAAUGCGAAUCUCGAGUAAAUCCAAGCUGAUACUACUCUGAUCCACGGAUAGCACCGCGAUUCAAGUUAGUCCAAAUCGAAUCCGAGUUAGUCGGGCACGGUCACUCGAGGCUGACCGAUUGCAACGGCUCAACGAUCUAACAAUAAGAGGAUCGUGCAGUAAAGUGGUUUACACGGUAACGAGAUGUCGAUUAACGACGAUCGUACGUCGAACGGAUCGCGACUGACAAUGGUCGAGGGCAGGUGGGCCCCUCCUCCGUGCAAUCGUAGGCGGCGGUCGAUAAGGCUUAAACACCUGCACCCAAACCAACAACGCAAUCGCCUGGCCGCGAUAAUCAUAACAGACCGCGUUGCCAAAAUCCGCCUCUCACGGAUCGAUCGCCCUCCUUGCACCAAUUUUAAAUUUAUGCGGAACCAGCACGAGCGGCUGCAAAACACACGGCUACCUGGCCAACUUUUGCUCCGAACGGCCAAGAGGCGGUUCGAUAAAAUGUAUUUCAGGUCCAACGCCCCGGGCGAUAAUAGGAUUGAAUAUAAAUAUUCCGCGAGAGAGGCACGCAAUGCAACAUUUGCAACGAAUUAAAUUAGCAAUGUGUGCCAUUAAUAUUUUCAACUGUUUCCGUUCUCUCUAUCGAACGUCCGACGAAAUGCUAAAAUUAAGAUUGUUUCGUGUGCGGCUACAUCCAGGGAAAAGUUUCCCUGGUUUCUUCGAGUCAAAACAAGUUUGUUUGAAUCGGUGAAAUUCGUGCAUUACCGUACGAUUAAAGUUUCCUUAAUUUGUAGAAAAUCUUUGAUUGUUCCUUUUAUUGGAAUUAAAGAGAGUUUGAAACGCUAAUCAUUGUUUUAAAUGAAAGAUAUAUUUUUAAAACCAGAACAACUGAAUUACUGAACAACUGAACUUCUUACAUUUCUGCCAGUACUUGUUUUGAAUUAAAAAUUUAUUGUUUAAAUUAAACAAAUAAUUUAUUUACUUUAAAUAAAGCUAAUAACGUCACUUCUUGAAAUCAAAUAAAUUGUUAUUUUCCUCAACGGUAUUUUCGCUUGAAAAAAUCAAGUUAAUGAAAUGUCAAUUUAAACAUAAUUUUUUUUGGGUGUAUGCAACACGAACUAUAAAUGGUUGAAAUUUUAAAAUCAUUUAGAAUGGUCUAAACAAACCAAUAUUUGGAUUAAUAAAUACCAAUAUUGACCAAUAAUAGUUGUAAUUUUCGUCAAAUAAUAAAUGUUUUUUAAAUGAAACAACAUUUUCAUUCAAACAAUGUUUUGUAUAAUCAUAUGUUGUUUCAAAACUUGGUCAAAUAAGUGGGAAUACUAAUUCCAAUGAAAUGUUUUUCUUUGUGUUUACAUAUUAAAUUCUUGCGCUAUGCAUCCGUAUUUUCCGAAAUUCUUGGCGUCAGUUAUUAAUACCGCAACAUCUGGUUAAUAUCCUUGAGUUUAAUGUUUAUUACACUCGACCGAAACGCGAUUGUUUCGUUAUGAUCGUAACAGAAGACGAGUAUGAAACUGUAGCAGACUGUCCCCGUCGACGUGACCGGUCGCCUUAGUCGGGACUUAAAUAUUUAUCCGUCUUAUUCUAGCCGGAGUGCACUUAGGCGCGCAUAAGCCGCAUGCAUAUUCCAGUUAGGAUGAUGACGCAGAGGUCGCGCGACAUCCUCGAAACGACCUUGGCGAGAGCGCUCGUGACGAGGACGAUCGUGAGGUGAAAGCUCGCCGGCCGGCCUUCCGACUGGAAGUCGCACACGUACUUGAUCGGCGAUGACCGUCCGACACUCUUCUCUCAGGGAAACGUUAUCUCCCGCGAAGAGAACGCGCAGACGUGUGGACGUGAGUCGGUCGAUCGGAUUUCGAGAGACGGGGAAUUGAGAAAUCAGGCCUCUGAUUUCAAAGCCCACCGCGGAACUCCGAUCGAUGCAUAUUUAAUGCCUCUUUCUUCGCGCUGCACCGAACUCUUUCUAUAAUUAUUUAUCUAAAAUCGAAUUUUUUUAUAGAUUUGACACUGAAAAAAAGACUGGCAAUAACUACCAAAUAUAUUGAAAUAGUAUCGAUUAAAUAUUUGGCUAAUGUAACCAAAAAUAAUUUUAUUAUUCUAAAUAUUCAGUAACUUACACCAGAUUUGAUAAUAUUUACUAAACAUUUAGAAACACAAAAUUAUUUUUGGUUAUAUUGACAAAAUAUUUAAUUGAUAUUAUUUCACUAUACAUUUGGUAGUUAUAACUAGAUUUUUUUUCAAUGGACGUGUACACACUGCUCAAUGCGAUUAAUGUAAUUAAUUAAAUGGAAAUCCCCCCUUUUUUUUAAAUGUUGAAAACCACCGUUAUUCUAAAUUUUCGCACUGCUUGUUGCGGUUGACAUAAUUAAUUCAAUGGAAAUAUUGUUUUUAAGAUUGAAAAUCAAUGUAACUCGAAAUUAAAAAAAAAUGAUAAAUUAUUGAACAAAAAAUUUGGAGGAUUUGAAGCGCCGUUCGUAAAUACGCUGCUUGACGGAAUGCAAGGUGACGCAAGAAUUACGCCACAAUUGAUCAAAGACGAUCGAGGUUGUUGGUGUCGUUGCGUCACCACUUACAGCUAAUGACUUCGUGGUUUUUGCGCUCGAUCAUCCGGCUGUCUCCCUCGGAUAAUCCGUCUUAAUCAACCAAUCGGGGGUCUCCCACUAAGUAUAAUCACUACGUUCCUUAUAAUAUCGCGGAGUUCCCACGAAUAAUCGAAGAUGGGAAUAACGUAACGAUAUAUUAUGUAUGACAUAAUUCACCGGUUAAGAUCGUAAGACAUACAUUUUUAAACUUAAUUACCUCGACGAACGGCGCGGCGCUCCGUUUCACGCUCUCACAUCGCGUUUCUUUUUUUACCUGGAGGGUAUAGUAAGAUGAAUAUGUUGCAUUUUAUGCCGAAGAAAAUUACGGGAAAAAAAUAAAUUUUGCUUCCACGCCCUUCAACUUGCAUUCAGUCAGUGUAAAAUAGCUCUCGAGCCAUGGCAAAACAAUCAAUUGAAAAUGCGCGACCUUUCUAACAUUAGCACGCCUGGCGCGUACGAUCUCGACGUGAAAGUUUGAACAGCUUUCGUCGGUCACAGGCGACUGUGUCAGCGGUCGAAAGUAAAAUCGGAGCGACCGCCGCAUCAUAGAUCGCGCGGAGAAAUCUUGCAUAACUCGAUUAUAGACCGGCGCAUAUUCUCCAAGCGCGUAUUACAGAAUAAAAAAUUUUAAUAAAUUAAAAGCAGUGGUAUUUAAACCCCACUUUACACGAUCCAUAAUUUGCGAUAGAAUUUCAGAUAGAAUUCUAUUAAUAAUUUUAUAUCAAAUGUAUAGAAUAUUUGAUUGUUUCUCUCUUCGAUAUGGUAGUUGGGUUAUUAAAAAACAUGACAUAGUUAAAGUGGGCUUAAAAGGAGAAUUAUUAGAUCGUUGUUUGAACAUGGACGGCAUUCGGUCAAUAAUAAAAAUUAAAUCAGUCUUUUUUUUUUAUUGCGUCAUGUAUUUUUGAAAAUUUUGUAAAUUCCGCAAAUUUUGAAAUUGAAAUUAUUUUUAUCCAGAAAUGUAUGUCAAUGUAAAUAAUUUUACACGCGCGAUAUAAGUUUGCUCGUUAUUUUUACUAUAGGCAUUCUCAAUAUCGCUGAUGAGAAAUUUAAUAGUUUGUGCAUUAUCCUAAGAUCGUAAUUGAGAGACGCGAUAAUGGAUAAGCAUCUCGAGGACGAAAAAGAAAUUCCGUCGCUGAGACGUGAAAGUACUCGUUAAACUAUGCUCCACGAAUUCGCGGGGAUCGAAUUCCUGAAUCUGCUGUAUUAUUAUCUUCAGAAACUCGAAUGUCGAACAAAGAUUCUUUAUUUUCUUUGAAAAAAAAAUAAUAAAAUCCAAUUACGGAAGCUCUCUGAAAAAUUAUACAGUAUAUUAAUAGACAGAAUAAUGAAAUGCAUUGCAUGUAAAGAAAUGAAAAAAAAAAAUGUACAAAAAAGUGUAUAUUUACGACCAUGAAUAUAAAAGAGAAUUUAAAAAAUGUAACGAAUAAUACACUUUAUUGACCAAGUCCAGAGAAAAAAGAUGUUGAAUAUUUUUGCGCUUGAAAUACAUUACGAAAUACGUAUCGUCUUUUUUGUGUUUUAAUUCAGAUUUUAUUGUAUUUGAAUUUAUAUCUUUUUGAUUAAAAUAAUGUAAAUUAAUUUUAUAUUAUAUUAAAUUUUAAAUCAAACAUAGCAAAGAAUUGUUGAUUCAAAAGAAACGUGAAAAAUAACUUUUUCACUGAGAAAAUCAUAACUUGUUAGAUUUUUAAUAUUUUUUCAAAAAAUUUUUACGGUAUACUCUUCAGAUAUAGCACUGUAAGAAAAAACAUUAGUGCACAUUUAAAAAAAAAACGUAUUCAUUUUGAGGUAAGACGAUGACUUUUGAAAAAACAAACUGACGUGUUCCGAACAAUACCAUUGUAUAGAGAGAACUUAGAACUGUCAAUAUAUGGGGACAGAACUCCAAUAUUAAAAUAACAACGUUAAAAUAAUUGCUUUUUUAAAUUUUAAAGGUCUUAAUUAAUUUAAAUUCAUAAAAAUAAUAACGUAGAGAAAAUUUAGCCGAGACUUCCUUUGGAGACAGACCCCCAAUGACCGUUAAGAGUUAACUAUAAUAUAAAUAAUUAAAAGCGAUUGAAACAUCACAUCACGGUAGAAAUGUCAAAUGAUGUUACCACAGAGAACUUUGCACUUCAUAUUAUAAUAAGAUUAUUCGGGAAACAUCUAUAAGCCCGUUUGACGAGAGAUCCUCCGAUCUUUCUUCCGACUCUCGGGAGAACGGCGGUCUCCCCUUUAGCUACACAAGAGCUAAUUCACGGGGGAUGUAAUAGGCGCAUUUGCAGGGGCGGGCGCAGGGGUGAGCGACCGGUCAGAGUGUUUCUUGGCGAGAGAGGGCACAUCGUAAGGACGCAAAAGCGCUGCAAUCGAUACUCCAUGCACGAUGGAGUAACAUCGGCGUGGAACACCACUCUACGAUAUUUGUCUCCGCGAUAUUAAUUGUAAACAGCAAUAAUCGCAUCCUUUGAGUGACGUAUUUUGAAUUCGCUCGAUCGAAAAGCGCCCGAAUUUCAAUCGUUAAUUCACAGCGCGGAUCCUUCAAGAGAUUUUACAAUCAAUCUCACGAAACGAUUAUCUCCUCGCGCACACUCAUGGAUACUUGACUCAUCUUGGCUCGUCGCUUUUUUUUUUUAUUACAUCAGAAAACCGGUUGCCAACAAUUAACGACAGUAAUCAACUGAUGAAAAUCGUUUUCUUGUUUCUAUUAACCUCGACUUUUCUUAUAUCACAAUUUACACCUGCGGUUGAGUUAUUUAAGAGGGAAUUGCUUUCAAUAAUUUCCCCACGAGAUAAGCAAAUGUGUGCAAUUGAGCACAAACACACAGCAUUUUAUUAGCUAUUUUGCUGGCGCCUUGACCUAACAGAUGUUCGUAGAAAUGACACGUAUGCUAAUAUUAUAGAUGACUGUGCAGCCGUCGAUAGCAGUUUGCGUAAAAAGAAAGUAUGCCGCUUUAAUAAGGAGGUAUAUACACCUUUUUUUCUCUCGCGCGCGUAUUUUUCACAUUAUUCACAAUUCGACGACUCGGUUAACUCAUCGUCACUGAUAGACGAUUUUUACAAAUCUCUCUAACCAACUAGAUAAAUUCGAGUGGAAAUGAAUGCGGAAGCAAUUUUCUACACGUUUGAAUCGCACGAUAGCGCGUGUCAGUUAAUCUUCAAAUCGAGGCUUAAAUUGUCAAUAAAAGAAAAAUCUAUGGCUUAUCUACGAAUAUAUUACAAAUUGUAGAGGAAAAUCGCCAAUAUUGGCUUACCCCUCCUGAAGCGGAGUAUUUACCGCGUAUUUCUCGGAAACUAAACAUUGCACCAAUACAAUUCUUUUUCUACAUAAAAUCUGCUAAAAAUAAAUUUUUGAUUAAUGGAAAUAAAAUCGUAAUAUUUAAUUACUGCCUAAGGGUGCCAGUUGGACUCGGUUUCUCAGACGCUUCUUUUGAAUUAUGUUGCAAAAAAUUAGUUAACAUUAAUUAUUACAAAAUAGUGAUGCAUUCGAGCGAGGUAAGACGAGAAAAUAUAGAAAUUUAUUCUUGUUUAAAACAAAUGAUUGAAAAAAUUUUCUCGUCUCGACGAGCUGACAAUGAGAUUCUUGAAUUUCACUUUUAUCAAGAUGUUCGAGACUAUUGACUCUCGUAUCAUUUGUUCCUUUAUAAAGAGAUAGCAUAUUAUUUAUGACUAAUGGAUAUGAAAUAAUACAAUGAGAAAUAACGAGACGAGAAACGAAAGGAAACGUGACGAGAAAAAACGAAUAAUAAAUAAUAAUCUCGGAAAUAUCUUGAAGAGACGAGAAAUUUCAAGAUUCUCAUAUAAAAAUACAUCGUUGUUACAAAAUAUGAAGUAGUAUUAUAAAAUCUGUACCAUUUGACAGAAGACUUUCUAGUUUGUAUUUAUGUUUCUAAAGUUCUAAAGGAAGCCGGGUACACUUUUAGCUUUUAUCAAGAAAUAUUAUGAGAGAAAAACAAAAUGCGGCGCCAGUAUUGGCGAGUCCUUUGAAGCGUUCAUUGAAAUCGUCGCGAGCGUCUAGAUAACAAUUCCGCACGCUUUCGUAUUCAGAGGCGUACGUUAAAAUCAAGGCGAAUGUAUAAAAUAAAAAUAUAACCGCGCUCGUUCGUAUUCUCGGAGACGCUCAUUUAAAUCGAUGCAAAUAGCUAAAUAAAAGAAUGCCACCUUCACACUCUUUGUCCCGCGGGAUUCGAAGGAAGUCGGUACACGAAAUUCGCCGCAAAUGCUUGCGAUGACACACAGGCGAAUUCGUCAUCCUCACGCACACACGCGCGUGCGUCGAAAACGAACGGGGGAAAAACGAAAAGAGAGACGAGCAGGUGUCUCGUGUAAAAAUGCGCGUAUUACCGUGCCGCUAAAUAUCACGUCGCUAAAUGUGCCGUCGCGGUCGAGCGGGUUUUAGGGGAAACAAAGAACAGUUCCCGCGACCCCGCGUCUCUCUCCGUUCGUGCCUUCGCGAACGGAUCCGCGAUUUGUCGUCGUCAUUAUGAAUUCGCGUUUCCGCGACCGCGAAUCGUUCCUUCGUGACCGCGGAGAUUCGACGACGUUUAAUCGCUGUUCGUGAGAAAGUGCCGAUGCAGGAGAAGAACGAGGGGCGUCGUUUUCCGAGGGUUGAAGACUUCGCAAAUCGAAAAACGAAGUAGGGCUUCGGCAGAGAACACGCCAGUCGGUUUUGAGAACACAACGUUAAAAAUUCAAGAGAAGUACCUCGGGUCUGGAAGGAGGCAAAAUUUAAUUUCCGGUGAGAAAGAAUUUCAUGGUACAUACACACGUUAUAUUGUAUACACAGCGAAUAUUAUUGCACUUCGUAGAAUAUUGCACGUCGUGAUGCAAAACGACGAAGAAUCUGCAUUAAGGUAGACUUGCGCGACUCGACCGCAGAAUUAAAUUGCGAUCAUUUAUCGGGAUCUUCGCUGUUAAUUACGUUGAAAAUUGAAAUAGAAUUCUCGACUUCGAGGCCUCUUGUCGGAAAUUGCGCCGAGUAAUUUCAACAUCACGUGCAGCUUCGUUUUUAAUAAAAUCGAGCAGCAUUUUUCUCCUCCUUGUAAAAUACGUAUAAUAUUUUUCAAGAUGUUUUGUAAUUUAUAAAACGUCGUACCCGUUGUAUCGGUAAAUAUGCUCAAAUUAUCGACAUUAGAUGCGCGCAAUUUUUCCUCAGAGAUAGGAAUAAGUAAUGAACUACAUUAUUCAUAAGUAACACUAUUUAUUACCGUCAAUUUUUUCCUCGAUUGCUCAAGGUAAUAUUUUUAAUAAUUUUUAUAUAUUUUUGUAACUAAAUUAAGUUAAAGUUAACGGUUUAUAAAAAAUCCAGUUACAUUGAAAGUUACACGAACGAAAGCUAAUUAGUUAAAAGUCCAGAUUAAAUUAAGUAAAUUUAAAGUAAAUUUUGAUAAGAUUAUUAAAUUCUUUGAAAUGGAUAUAAGUAAGUAGUGCAGCGGAAAGCCGUUAUAAUUGAAAAAAAACUUGAUUAAACAAAUUUAUUGACCUCGACUUUUGACUCCAAAUAUUUUACUCAUGGUUGGCGAAAACAAAUUCGAAAAAGUCAAGUCUUUUUUUUUAGAACUCUCGCGGAUGAAUGAACAGACGAAUGGACAUUGCGAAAUUUAUAAAGUAGCUUGCUACGCUGCACUACUUUACGCUCAUUUCUCUUUAUCUAACAUCAGUGACGCACUUUAUCUAAAUUACACAAAUGGUUGCGAUAUUUGAUAAAAAUAGUGCAAUUUCGAGGAGGAGGCAUCGUGACAGUGCACGCUCCGCUCAUUGUUUGCGUUGUAUAACGAUUCGCUUGAAGGCAAGACUCGAAACUUCGCAAAAGGAUCUAUCAAUUUUCAACAUAAUAUCGCUCGAUCGAUAUUCGAAAUUUUACAAAAACUUCUAGCAGUCAGUUUUAUUCGCGCAGGCGAAGGAAAAGUUUUGCGACUUCCGAAGAAAGUUCCGAGUAAGGUCUCAAAGAAAAUUCACCUUAACGUUCGUACGUUUUUCUAAGAAAAGUUCUGUCAGCCGGAAACUAUUCUCUGUACGGGAGAAGAAAAUCUCAGGAAGCGAACGUCCUCGCCGCUGAGACGACGAAAAAUUGGAAUAUUUAUGUAAAGAGUUCGCCACGCUCGUACAUUCUUUUUUUUUUUUCCUCGGGAUAUAUUUCGCUUUGUCCGCACAAUGUUUAGUGGCGAACAACGGCUCGUUCAGCGCCGAUGUAGAUACGGCGCGCAUAACUCUGAGAUAAGAUAGAAUUUGCAGAUCACAGUCGCGAUUAUCCGCGAAAGAGAAGUCGAUGUCGUUCGUCGAAUGUCGAGGAAAAAUGCGGAACGUAUGCAAAGCGGGAAAGAUAAGUAUGUUAAAGCCCGUUAUUUCGCUCGCAACCUUGAGACGAUUUUCUCGUCUCUCGAGCGGUAGCGUUUACCGUUAAAAGGCUCCCGCCUGACGACGACGACGGGAGGCGCGUGCCUCAAAGUCAGAUAGCAGUACUUAAUGCAGUACGCGAAUAACGCGGUGCUUUCUUAUCGCGAGCAAUUUACACGUUUAGCGCUGACUGGGCGUGAUGGGCGCCGGGGGUGUGUUCAUCGCUGGCGGCACAAGUGGAUCGCUAAACGCCAGGACACGUGCCCCGAAAUUGGGCAAGUGCAUUAGCGUUUAAACCUUUGAGCCAUUGGACGGAGCUAUUCCGCCUUCUCGGAAUUCUAAUUUCGAUGGUUUAGUAGUUCCAUUUGAGAGAGAGAGAGAGAUGUGUGUAACGCGGAAAUGGAAUUUUGUGAGGGCGAGAGCGUUAAAGGGCUCCAAAGGCUUACUCGAGAAUGACCCGACGUCAAAAUCAGCUGCAAACACAACGUUAUAUUUGUACAAACGAGAUUGGCCGGUCGUAGGAAUACCUUUGCGCGAGGAAGGAAUGAAUUCGGUUCGCACGUAAGGAUUAUAACGCGUACGUUCCAGCGGAAGGAUUUUGAUAAUUUCAACGCAGUAGGAAGAGCCGGGUGAAUAUAAUUAAUUUAUGUUAAUAUCUGACGAAUGUAUGUAUAUCGCAUCUACGUUAGAAUAAUGAUUCUAUUCCUCAAUUACAAUAUUUCAGUUUAUUCGUGCAUAUUUUAUGUAAAACUGAAAAUUCUACAAACGUAUGGAUUUUGCUGGCCGCUGUCCAGUGAAUAUAUAAAUAUGAAAUUAAUACUCGUACUUUGUAAAAUAAGCUAAACUGACGAUUUAUUUUUGAAAGAAGAAAUUUUUUUGAUUCCUCCUUUUAUUAGAAUAAUUAAAAAAAAUAGUUUGACAGCAACGUAAAUCUUUUUAAAUGAAAGAAAUAUAUUUGGCUUAAAAACUAAGUCGCGACACGAUAUUCCUCCUCGCUUAUAAGGGAAAGUGGCGAAUCCGCAAGUUUCGAGUGCAGCGGAGAUAUCGAGCGUAACGACGCGACGAUAUCGGUCGCUAUCGCUUCGCGAGCAGCGAUCACCGGAUCCGCGGCCCACAUUCGAGAGUAGUCGUACGGACGAUCGCGCACCGUGAACGACGACGAUCGAGAAACCGUGAACUUGCACGUGUUAGAAUUUACCGCCGCCGCCGCCGCCGCCGCCGCGCCGGGGAAAACGCCUCGACGGCGACGACGAUGACGGUGAGUGCGCUCGCGGCUCAAGGUUAUCGCGACGGACUUUCCGCCGAACCGGUUCCCAGCUGCGACGUUAGACAUACGUGACUUUCCUCCGCGGGUGCACGAGCGUGAACUUCCGCGAGGUCGAACCGCCGCGCCGCCUCGGUUCCCGCUCGAGCUCGGCACGAAUCGGGUUUAGAAGUCCGUAAGAAGGAGCCCGAUAAGGAAGCGAGAAACCGCCCUAAAUCCCGAGAGGUGCUGCACGCAACCGGAGCCUCGGUCGACAUCCUCCGGGGGACUAUGAGCAUGUCCUGAUCGCCGAGCAGUCGUGGCCCGCUAAGGGAUGGACGUGGACGCGGCGGCGGUUCGACGCCAGCGAAAGAAUCACAGAGUCGAGCAUCGAUAACAACGACGGGAGGAGAUUGUUGACAUCGUCGCCCGGCGGGGAUCCUUUCUAGACCUCUAGAUCCUUCCCGCGGCUAGAUCCUUCACGUCUCCUCGUCUCACCCCCCGCAACGGACCUGGAGGAUGAGCAUCGCAGCCAUCGCCCGCAGGAACUGGGCGUUGCGCCUGUCGGUGGUGCUGAACGUGUGCGUGCUGCUGUACGUGUGCGCCCACAUCGGCUCAUCCGGACCCUGGAUCGAGGAACCGCCGACCAACUGGGGGGCGGCGGCGCCACUCCAAUCGGAUACCUACAACGGCGGCGGCGGCGGAGCCUUAAACGACCUUGUGAAUGGCACUCAGAAGGGCGCCGCGGCGCCAUCGUCAUCGUCGUCUUCCUCGUCGUCUGCCGCGGUCGUCGUCGGCGCCACCAAUAAUAAUGCGGCUCCGACGAAUAACGGCGGCGCCGGCCGUUCCGUCAGGAUUAGCCUUGUCACCACGACGUCUCCCAACGAGGCCAAGGACGAGGCCCUCGACAAGCCGCAGGAGCACCCGCGUAAUCAGACGGUGAGGAACGGCACGACGAGCAACGUUGCGCGCGAACCGAUGAGCCUGAGGGAGGCCGUGCCCUGUAACGAGAAGUCGACCGAGCCGAGACGGGCGCAGCGCGGCGAUUAUUGGGUGCUGUACAAUUACGUGCCGAUGAGCAUGGCGGUGAGAUGCUGGGAGAGCGUGACAUACACCACGCACGCCGACUACACGUUCCUCGACAAUCUGGAGCCGCUGCUGGAGCGCUGGCGAGCGCCGAUAUCGAUCGCCAUGCACGCACCCGGCACCGACUUCCCGGCGACCCUCGACGCCAUCAGGUACUCGAGGAACUGCGGCAGCCCCCUGGUCUCGCAGCUAGUGACCUUCCACGUCUUCUUCAGCAGUAAACACGUGCCAAAAAUGAUACCAUCGUCAGAGAAGAUCGCCUCCGACACUUACAAUUGCUCGCUCGGGCCGCCGUGGGUGAACGUCAGCCUCGCGAAAAUGUACAAGAACGAGAAGAAGCUGCUGUACCCGGUGAACGUGGGCCGCAACAUAGCGCGCGAGUCCGCGCCCACCUUCUACGUGUUCCCCAGUGACAUCGAGCUGUAUCCCAGCCCGAACCUGCCCGUCACGUUCCUCGAGAUGAUCCGCAAGCGGGAUCAGCCGGCUCUCUACAAGCCGAAUCCCAAGGUCUUCGUGCUGUCCAUCUUCGAGGUGGACGAGAAGAGCCAGCCGCCCAACAAUAAGACGCGUCUGAUACAAAUGCUGAAAACGGGCACCGCCAUACCUUUUCAUAAGAAAUUGUGUUCCGGCUGCCAUAACGUACCGAAGAGUAAGGAGUGGCAGGAAGCACCGGAGACGGAGAAUCUGCACGUGUUUCACGUUGGCAAGAGGACCGGCAGCUUCGUACACUGGGAGCCGAUCUUUAUCGGGACCAAUAACGAUCCUUUCUACGACGAGAGACUCAGUUGGGAGGGAAAGAGUGAUAAAAUGACGCAGGGUUACGCGCUCUGCGUUCUCGAUUACGACUUCCUCAUUCUGGACAACGCCUUUUUGGUGCACCGGCCCGGCAUCAAGAUCUUCAAGAAAGAUCCGCAUCGCGACAUGCUCACCGCCAAGACAAACGCGCUGAUCAAGAAGAUCAUCAUGCCGGAACUGAAGGUACUGUACGGCACGAGGAAGGGCUGCGCCGUGUAGCCCGUGGAGUCGCGGGCACAACGUCGCGUGCUCUACAGGUGCCCGUCAUUACAAUGGAAUCGUCUGCGACCUUCUCUGUCCGCAUCACCGUCGUCGAGUUUCGUCAUGCGGCAAGAGAUCGCCCGGAUUCGCAGCGAUCUGAUGCUGCGAUUCUCUCUCGGACCCCGGGAUCGUGUUCACGUGCGCUCCGUGCGACCCCCUCGCGUGUGGGACCCGAGAAAAAUUUGCUGCGAUUCAUAGUGGACACUUUCCCUUUCCUCUCUAAUUACGCCAACUCAGCGGUGCCGAAUAAACAAACGAAUUAUCACAUAAGCAUUCGAUGAGUAUAGAGUAACAAUAUCGUUUCACGGACGGCGCGGUGCUCGCGUGAGAUAAGCGCGUACACUUCGCCAUUGCGAUUAUCAUCGAUCAUCGUUGCCAUCACUCUUAUCGUUAGCAGCGUGUCGGCACUAGUGUCUUACGGGAAACGUCGAGGCAAACGUGAAGAGAUAGAGAUUGCACGAAAGAAGUAAUGUACGUCGCGACGCUCAAAUAUUCUCUCGGUGGUAAUUCUUUAGCUUUCAUAAAGGAAUGCCUAGCGCAUAAAGGAGUUGAUACCAUGUAUUUUUCACUCGAAUAAAUCCUCUUAGCAAGUACGGUUGUAUAUAAUGAAACGCGGUGCCUCAUAUACAUCAGUAUGUCUACAGGAUUACUGCACAUUCGGUGAAAGUUACGAACGAACGGUGCCAGUUCCGACGCGACUUCCUCGUAGAUUGUGACCGUCAUUAUGAUUGAAGCACUUAUUCAUUUGCAAAUGCGAUAUCCGUAAAAUAUUGAAUAACAGCAAUCUACGUGAAGAAUUUUAUAGAGUUUUGUUACGAAAUGCUCUCUCGUUUAGUAAAAAUUUAUUUGCUUUCUGAUUCUCAUUUCAGUAAACUUUCUCCAAGUACUCUUAAAUUAAUAGAUGACACUAUAUCUCAUUAUUAUUAAAAUUGUAGCUCUUUGAUUAUCUGUUAAGUAAUUACUGCUGUUGUUAUUCUUCUUUCUUUCUUUUCCUUACGAUAUAGAAAAAUAUUUUUUUAGUCAAUAUAUACUUGAAUUUUGUAUUUUGAACGAAAGAUACGUUCCUUUUCCUCUCUUUUCUUUUCUUCGUGUAGUAAUUUAACUCACGUUACAUUUGGAACUUAUACUAAUAUACUAGUCUAUAUUGACUGAUAAACUUGAACUGAACUAAAUAUAAUUGCAUCUAGAUAAACCAAACACACAUGUUAAAAGUUCGCAAUCCGAACUGUUCAUCGUGCAAAUAUCGUUCUGACUAUAGGCAACUUGAAACAAGAACUUAGCAAGAGCACAGAAUUAUUCAUGAAUGAAGGAAAAAAAAUCACCGUCCAAGACUGAGGGAUAUUUGAUAUAAAUUUUCUAGAACUCCUUCCGGCAAGAGUUAGCCCGAUCGAUGAGUCUUCAAUUAUUUGUCUUUGCGUUAGCAUAACGUCAUACUUUCGGACUCCAUUCGAGUAUUUCGUUUCGAUCGUGAUGGAUAUAAUCGUGUGUUUUCAAGAAGGAAGCACACACAGAACAAUGGAACUUGACCGAAUCGGAUUGCGAACGAUUAGUUCAGUCAAUACAGCUUGUUCGUCGCGCAUUUACGAUUAGAAGCUACACCGUAAAUGUAUUCUGAAGAAAAAAAAACAUGAAAGAAUCUUGCUUCAUAUAAAUUCAUUCUUAUAUCCUAAAAAAAUAGUACGGUCACCGAGCUUCGGCGAUCGCGCGAGCAAAUGUAGUAUUUCUAAUUUUAAGUACUUUAAAUGAUACGUUUUACCAUUUACUUACAGUAUUGUUCUAUACUUGCAUACACAGGCGCCUGUCUAAUGUAAAAAGAAGUAUAACUGUAUCAAAAACAACAUGUUCUACAAGAAAGAUUCUAUCGUAUACAUAAGUCGUCAUAAGUAGAAUACAUAAAUAGAAGAUAAUUUUUCGCAAAAUUUCAGAAGCUUUUUUAAGGUUUAAUAGACUAUGGAUUUCACGUAAUCUCAGUGGAAAAUAGUUAGACAUAUGCCUUGCAACGUCGUAAAAAAAUUUUAAAAUGCUGCCAUAUAAAAUGUCGGAAAUUCAUUUUUCAAAUUUCAAGUCGAUGAUUCAUCCAUGAUAAUUUUAUUGACGUAAAAUACGAUACAAUUGAAUUUCUUGUAGGGAAAUAACAUUAUUACAUAUAUGAGUCACAAACGCAUAAUGUAAAUCAUACUUUUCUAUUGUCACCCCCGAGUAAUAUGACCAGCGAUUGUACAUACGAUCUUUCGUAAUUAUUAAGACUUGAAUAAGAAUAGUUGAGUCAGUACGUAAUAAUACGAGAGAAUGAUUAGCUAGGGCGCUUCUAAUCGAUGCAAAAGAUGCUGACUCAUUUUUUUGUGAUAAUAUUAGGGCACAAAGUAAUUAAUAUUCCUGUAAUCGUGCUUCGUCCGUUGUAAAAGUCAUCCUUGAAAUCUUGAAUAUUAAGUGAUUUCUCGCAUAAUGAAUAAUAAUCGUCGUAUCGAGGAUGUUAAUUAGCUCUUCUGAGGAAUAUAAUUCCCGGUAUAAUAAUUAAUUUCUUGGUGAGAAAUAAAUCUAUUCACACAUAUAAUUAUAUAUGUGAAAUAUAUUUAAUUUAAUCUACAUAUUAAUCAAAUUUAUAUGUAGAUAAAAUUUAUUACUUUAAAAAUGUAUAAGUACAUAACAUCUUUUUGUUUGUAUUUCUUUUAUUCUUUUGUUUAAAACCAAAGGCUGUAUCGAAGAGUUAAUUAAUGUUCUCUGAAAAUUUAUAUACAUAUAUAUACCAUGUAAAUGUGACGCGUUCAGUCUAUACGUCGCCGAUAACGUUUUCUGUAAAGUAUGGAGCUCGACUUACAUCGUAUAAGUUCCUUUUACCUCCUCGCCUUCUCUCUUAAUUUAUCGGGGCUGUGCAACCGCGCGUGUGUAUAUAUUUAUCACUCGUAUAUAUGUAUGUAUGUAAUAUAUAUAUUACAAUUAUAUGGUCUUAUUUCGAAUUGCAUUUUAAAAUAUCCAUGUUUAUUAAAUUCGACUUCUUCGUCUCCAGUUGUCUUAGAGAAACAAAGGUAAAUUUACGUAAAUACUAUUAUAAAAGCACAUCUCCAUUUCGAAAUAAUAUAAUUGUAAUACGUAUAUCUCUAAUAUAAUGUGUAUUCUGUGCCUUAUAUAUAUCGUCUCUUUCAGUCUCCUUGCAUGCAUGCGUGUGUCAAAAAUGUGCGUGUACAAAAAGCUGCGUGAAUGGCCGCGGAGACAAGCUAAAAAAAAAGCUGACUCAAUACUAUAUAUAUAAUUGAUAAUGCAAACGUAGGUAUCGAUUUAUACAUAAUUGUAGCGAGAGAUUUUUAUAUCCAUUCCCGUAGAAAAAGUGUCGCGACGGGAGAGAGGACGGAUCUUGUAUGUGGAGUAAGAAAUGCCCACACGUUUUUCUCCUGUUUCCCUUCCGUUUCUCUCUCUCUCUCUCUCUCUCUCUCUCUCUCUCUCUUGUAUAAUUCAAUUCGACGAAAAGUCACGCCGCGCCAAAAGUAACUCAACACCGAUCGCUAAGCUUUCUCGACCGAGCGUCUUUAUGCAACAAGUACGAAACUGCGAGUGAGAUUGGAGGUCGUCACGCAGAUAUUUUUCUUUUUUCUUUUUUCAAAGCGAAUUACUAUGCAUUAUUAGAUACUUGUAACUAGUGUAAAUACACGUGAUUGUAAAUAAGUGCUGUUUUGUCGGCCGUUUCAUUCGAGAAAAAAUACGUUCCGUCGACCACACUAAACAGUUCGAGUUGGAAUGAAAAAAAAGAGAAUCGAGAAACGUUGCAUUAUGUUCUUCUGUCAAUAUAUAUUUCGGAUUUAAUUAUCUGCGAAUAUUACGUUUGAUCAUAAUAUCUGAGAGUAUAUUCAAAAGACGCGAGUACUUGGUAGAGAUAAAGAGAGCGAUAUUUUGUUGCUGCCGCGCGAUUCUACGGAAGGAAUAUUUCGCCACUCUGUACCUACGUUAUGUAAUUCAGGAAUUAUAUUUCAUCUAGAAAUUUAAUAGCCGAAACUAUCGUAUCGUAGAUACAUGGAUUUCUCAUCGGCUUUUCCUCUAACGAUAUAAUAAGGUUUUCGUUGCGUGAGCGCUGAAGAAAUCGCAGCUUUGCUUCGAACGCAUGAGAUGCGCAAUAAGAUGUACAUACUUUGUAAGAGAAAAACGAAAACAUACACAUACACACAAUCACACAUAAAUCUGAUAUAUGUAUAUAGGCGUAUUUUUUCAAGCGAAAGGAACGUUCGGUCGGAGGAUUUAUUUAGCAUUUCCAAAAGGGGACGUGUUCAUACGAGAGAGCCUCAUCCCUGUUUUCUGUGAGCUUACGUUGAGAUGUUUUUCCGAGAAUAAAGGAAAUCAUCUCUCCGUUCGUACAGCUUCGAGCGUCGACGUGAAGUCGUAUUUUAUAAAUUAUGCAUAUUUAAUUUAUGAAAAAUCUGAAAUAUAAUAGUACACAUACAUACGUCGUGUUACUUUAAGGCGAAGUAAAUCAAAGGGUCUCUGUCUAUCUUCGCGAAAUCGUCUCUCAGUUGUACAACUUAUAGCAUCAUUAAUUUAUAAAUUAUGUAUAUUUAAUUCAUACAAAAUCUGAAACAUAAUAAUAAUAAUAUAUAUAUACAUACGCAUGUUGUGUUAUUUUAAAGACGACACAUCAAGAGACUAUAUCUAUCUUCGCAAAAUCGUCUACUAAUUCGUAUAAUCUGAAAUGUCAGCGUAAAGUCAUUAUUUUAUUUAAAUUAUAUGUACAUUUAAUUCCUGAAAAUUCUGAAAUAUUAUUUAUGCACAUGUCGCAUUACUUUAAAAAAGCGAAGAAGGGCUAUAUGAAUUUUAAAUUUAACGUGAUGGUCAAACUGAAUAUAGCUGCGAAUAAUCGUCAAGAAUAAUCACCAAAUUUUAAUCCACUUCCCCAAGAUUCCUGUAAUGAUCAGCGUGUCUGAUGCUACAUAUGUACAUAUGACUGCAACGAUCGACGCGUGUCGUAUUUUCCAGCGUUGUGCCUAGAUAAAUAAAGAUAAUUUAUGAGCAGAA